AACAGGAACAGAUUAUUACAGAAUAUGGCAGUGAAAAACAAUGGAGUGAUACCCAAAAUCUUCACAUUAGAGAGAGAAAAACUCGAAUAUAGAGAGAGAAAGCAAGAACAAGAACAAGAAGACGUGUUUUGCUUCAUCUUUGAACUUCAAAGCAUCCAGAGAUUUGAGCAAUGAGGGGAGUUCGAUUUGCGGUGGUGGUUGUUUUCUUAGUUCUUGGUGUUCUAGACUCGUUUUCGCUUGCUGCUAAUGUUACAUACGAUCAUCGCGCGUUGGUGAUUGAUGGCAAGCGAAGAGUCUUGGUUUCUGGAUCCAUACACUACCCUCGCAGUACUCCCGAGAUGUGGCCGGGGAUUAUUCAGAAAUCUAAGGAUGGAGGUUUGGAUGUGAUUGAGACUUAUGUGUUUUGGAAUCUACAUGAACCUGUUCGAAACAAGUAUGACUUCGGGGGAAGAAAGGAUUUAGUUAAAUUCAUAAAGCUGGUAGGAGCUGCUGGUUUAUAUGUACACGUACGAAUUGGUCCUUAUGUGUGUGCGGAAUGGAAUUACGGGGGUUUUCCAGUUUGGUUGCAUUUCGUACCUGGCAUUAAGUUUCGGACAGAUAAUGAACCAUUCAAGGCUGAAAUGAAGCGGUUUACGGCCAAGAUUGUUGAUGUAUUGAAGCAGGAGAAAUUAUAUGCUUCCCAGGGUGGACCAGUUAUUUUAUCUCAGAUUGAAAAUGAAUAUGGAAACGUUCAGUCUUCUUUUGGGUCUGCUGCUAAAUCUUAUGUCCAAUGGGCCGCAACCAUGGCUACAUCUUUGAACACGGGAGUUCCUUGGGUUAUGUGCAACCAACCUGAUGCCCCCGAUCCUAUUAUUAACACUUGCAAUGGAUUUUACUGUGAUCAAUUCACUCCAAAUUCUAAGAAUAAGCCCAAACUGUGGACCGAGAACUGGAGUGGAUGGUUUCUUUCCUUCGGUGGAGCCUUGCCAUACAGACCCGUUGAAGAUCUUGCAUUUGCUGUGACACGCUUUUACCAGAAUGGUGGAACUUUACAGAAUUACUACAUGUACCAUGGUGGGACAAACUUUGGCAGGACUACUGGUGGACCGUUUAUUGCUACUAGUUAUGAUUAUGAUGCCCCUAUCGAUGAGUAUGGACUGGUUAGGCAACCUAAGUGGGGUCACUUAAGGGAUGUCCAUAAAACUAUAAAGAUGUGCGAAGAAGCAUUAGUGAGCACAGAACCUGCAGUUAGUUCUCUUGGUAAAAACUUGGAGGCGACAGUUUAUAAGUCCGGUUCUCAAUGUUCUGCUUUUCUUGCCAACGUGGAUACUCAAUCUGAUGCGACGGUGACUUUCAAUGGUAACUCAUAUCAUUUGCCAGCAUGGUCCGUUAGCAUCUUGCCAGACUGCAAGAAUGUGGUGCUCAAUACUGCAAAGAUUAAUUCGGUAACAACGAGGCCAUCCUUUUCAAAUCAACCUUUGAAAGUUGAUGUCAGUAAUUCUGAAGCAUUCGACUCCGGUUGGAGUUGGAUAGACGAACCAGUAGGUAUCUCAAAGAAUAAUUCUUUUGUGAAACCUGGACUGUCAGAGCAAAUAAACACUACAGCAGAUAAAAGCGAUUACUUGUGGUAUUCUUUAAGUACUGAUAUAAAAGGCGACGAACCUUUCCUUGACAAUGGAUCUGAAACAGUCCUCCAUGUGGAUUCCCUUGGCCAUGCACUUCAUGUUUUCAUUAAUAAAAAACUUGCAGGAAGUGGAAAAGGUAGUGGCGACAAUUCUAAGGUUUCUUUGGAUAUCCCCAUCACACUGGUAUCUGGGAGAAAUACAAUUGAUCUGCUGAGUUUGACAGUAGGACUUCAGAAUUAUGGAGCUUUUUUUGAGCUGAGAGGUGCAGGGGUCACAGGUCCUGUAAAACUGGAAAGCCAAAAGAACAACAUAACUGUUGAUCUCUCAUCGGAACAAUGGACGUAUCAGAUCGGACUUCAAGGUGAAGAUUUAGGUCUAUGGAGUGGAAGUUCUUCACAAUGGCUUUCACAACCUAGCUUGCCUAAGAAUAAGCCUUUGACGUGGUACAAGACCACAUUUGAUGCCCCUGCUGGUAGUGACCCAGUUGCUCUAGACUUCACAGGGUUUGGAAAGGGUGAGGCAUGGAUUAAUGGACAAAGUAUUGGCCGUUAUUGGCCCUCAUACACUGCUUCAGGUCAAUGUUCUGCAUAUUGCAGUUACAAAGGAGCUUACAGCGCAAACAAAUGCCUUAAAAACUGUGGCAAACCCUCCCAAACUUUAUACCAUGUACCGCAAUCAUGGUUGAAACCAACCGGCAACACCCUAGUACUUUUCGAGGAAACUGGCAGCGAUCCAACUCGAUUAUCGUUUGCAUCGAAACAAUUCGGAUCUUUAUGUUCUCAUGUAUCUGAGUCACAUCCACCUCCUGUAGAGAUGUGGAGCUCUGACUCAAAACUACAAAAAUCAGGACCUGUACUCUCUCUAGAGUGCCCAUCACCCAAUCAAGUCAUUUCUUCUAUAAAAUUUGCAAGUUUUGGCACUCCUCUUGGAACUUGUGGGAGCUUUAGCCAUGGCAAAUGCAGCAGCCAAAAUGCACUCUCCAUUGUACAAAAGGCUUGCAUUGGAUCAAAAAGUUGUAGUGUUGACGUUUCGAUUAAAGCGUUCGGCGAUCCUUGUAGAGGAAAAACAAAGAGCUUAGCUGUGGAAGCCUCUUGUCAAUAACAAGGUAUACUUAGGUGAAUUUGAAACAUUAUGUCUAAUUCCUUGUAUAACUAAAGGAAGAGAGACAACUAAAAGAAAAGAAAAAAAGAAAAAUAGUAAAAGGAAGAAAGAAAAGGAGACUUGAAGAGGGGCGGAAAAAGGAAAAAAGAUCACAAUUUGGUGGAUUAUUUCUUGCAAAAGGAAAAUAAAAGCCAUCAUACUUGAUCAAACUGUAUAACAAUAAAGGUGACUUGGAGUUCUGUACUUCAUCUAUAAUUGUUUUUAUUAUUAUAAUUAUGUUAAAAAAGCUUAAAUUAGUUGCUA